CUUCGAGUUUGAGGCAGUGGUGCUAUGGAAAUGUGGUAGAUAUAACGAUGGAUUAUCGGUUUUGAAUAAGUAUUUUCUUUGUUGUGUCAUAAGAUAGCUCCACAGCAUAAUCAUCUCGAUUUUGCGAUGUCUUCAGUUAAAUUACAGUCUAAGCAAAGUUCUGGUAAGGCGUCAAAAGAGCCCGAGUAUUUUCUAGGCUGCAAGAAAUGUAACCUGCGGUUCCACCGUGAAGGCUCUGUUGAUAAACUACUGAAUGUGCCCGAGGCAGAUUGCGGGGUUUCCUGCCCCGACUGUGUUGAUCAAAUUGCAAAAUUAGUUGGGGAGGGCCGUUUCGUUGAGGAAUAUUUCACUCAGGCUUAUACAGUAACUAACGAUUUAUUGCAUUUAGACGGACAUUUGAAGGAGUACGAUGCUUGUAUGAAAAAUGAUCAUCUGGGAGUGAUGCAAUCACUUAAUAGUCCAGGUGGCAACAACUCGGAGAAAACACCGGUAAGAAAGGAGGUCGAAAGUUUCUGGUGUGCCGAUACUCAGCUUAUGGAAUUGGAUUCUUAUUACUGCCUCGCCUCUGAGCAAACCACAAAGCUUUUGGAUUCUCAUUCGAUUGGCGUUGAGAAAGCUGCACCGUGGUGGCGUGCAGCCGAUAAGGAGAUGUCUUCUGUUUAUCUCGAGUCAUCCAGCUAUAUGAAAAAUCGGGAUCUCCAACGAUUUCAAUCCAAGCAGUUUGGGAGUGAAUUAAAUACUGGUAUUCAGUGUGUUGACGAGGUUCGGAUGGAAGAGAGAAGUGUUAUGGAUGCAAGUAACUAUAAUUCGGGACAUGGUCCUUUAGUAAACAAACUGAAAGCUCAAUGCCCAUCUAGUGUGGACGGUUUCUCACCUCAAGGUUUAAGCCAACUAUUAAGUGACAGUGGUGCAGAUACGGAAAAACUGCAAUCAACAGAAAGCGAAGGAGAAGGAUUGGGUGAACUGAGCAGAAGCGAGUUGUUAGAAGCGCUCUGCCAUUCUCAAACCCGGGCAAGGGAGGCAGAGAAACUGGCGCAGCAAGCUUGCGACGAGAAGGAGCACGUCAUCAACUUAUUUUUCAAACAGGCUUCCUACCUCUUCGCCUACCGGCAGUGGCUCCAAAUCCUUCAGCUCGAGGCUCUGUGCCUCCAGUUUAGGAAUAAAGACCAAUGUAAGUCUUCUUCUCACCUUCAAGGUCCUUCGCCAUUCAAGAAUGGCAAACGACUCAGAAAGGGUCAAGGUCAUCAUCGUAGGCCUCCUCCUACGAGGAGGAAACAGGGUAUCCCGAGAAUCAAACUGAACAGCUGCAGUCUUGCUUUUGCUGUCGGCUUUAGCCUGGCAGGCGCUGGGCUGCUAAUAGGCUGGACGUUGGGUUGGCUGUUCCCCGCUUUUUAAUCCGCCUAUGGAAGUUGUGGUCGUGCCAUUUGUGACAUAGACUUUGUAUCCUCAGUUGGGUAUUCUUUGGUGUUGAGGAUGUAGUUUGUCUUUCUUCAAAUUUCUUGCCAGCAGUGGAUUGUAUCCUAGUGGGUUCUCUGCUGAUGCUGUAAAAUCUCCCCCAUUCUGAUGUAAAUACAUUGCAAAUUAUCUGGGUGUGUACUUGUGAUUGU